AUGUCGGCUGUUGCAGCUCAGAGCGAUGGAGUAGCCAAACUGCAACAGGCUCGCACAGCAGCUCUAGCAAAAAUAGAGGAAGCCCGCAAUCGGAGGGCAAAGCGACUCAAGGAAGCUAAAGGUGAAGCAAAUUUGGAAGUCGAUGCUUUCAAAGCUCAACAGGAAGCUCAUUAUAAUUCACUUGAGCUUCAAGUUAACUCACAAUAUGGUCCUUAUGAGGAGGUGUGUCGUCAAAUGACAGACGAACAGCUGAACUCAAUGCAACGUUCGUUCCAGUCAAAUAAAAAUGCAGCUUUGCAGUUAUUAUUGUCUAAAGUGCUAGAUGUAAAGCCUGUCGUUCAUGUCAACUUUGGUUUUACGAGUCCAGGGUCGUAG